AUGAUCCAAAGGAAUGACACUUCAAGAACGACAGUUACUGAGAUUGUGCUGCUUGGAUUCUACAGUCUUCAGAAGCUGCAACUGCCACUCUUCCUCCUCUUCCUCAUCAUGUACACACUCACCCUGCUUGCCAAUGGUGUGGCCAUUCUCUUAAUUCGCCUUGACCGGCGCCUCCACACCCCUAUGUACUACUUCCUCGGUAACCUCUUCUUGCUGGAAAUCCUCAUCACUACAACUGUCACUCCUAAAAUGCUGAGCCUCCUUGUCUCAGACCACAAGACUAUCUCCUUCUUUGGCUGUGCUAUUCAGACCAUGGCUUAUUUCCUUGCUGGCACGGCUGAAGUCCUCCUGCUGGCAGUCAUGUCUGUGGACCGUUAUGUGGCCAUCUGCCUCCCACUACGCUACUCGGUCCUCAUGAGCAGCAAGGUUUGUGUGCUAAUGGUUGUAUCUUGUUGGAUUAUUGGUUUGAUUUCUAUUGUUGUUAUUGCAAUCUUCAAGGCUGGGUUGCCAUUUUGUGGACCCAAUGUCAUCGAUCACUUCUUCUGUGAUGCAGGACCCAUGGGGGAUCUUAUCUGUGCUGAUGUAACCUUUGUCCGUGCUCUUGAGUUGGCUCUGUGUAGCUUUGUGCUGAUAAGCUCCGUCUCUGUGACAGCAGUCUCCUACCUCUGCAUCAUCAUCACUGUUUUGAGAAUGCCUUCAGCCCAAAACAGGCAAAAGGCCUUUGGCACCUGCAGCUCACAUAUCAUGGUUGCUUCACUCUACUACGGUAGCUCCAUCUUUAUUUAUGCCAAGCCAAGUGCUGGCUCUUCCAUGAACUUCAACAAGGCAGCUACAGUUCUUAACACAGUGGUGACGCCUCUGCUGAACCCCAUCAUCUACAGCUUUAGGAAUAAGACUGUAAAGGAAGUGAUGAGGCAAGCCCUAGGAAGAAUGUGCCAUGCCAUGCAAAAAAAAUAA